AGAUCUACUGUAACCAGGAAGUUAAACUUUGGAAGGUCAAAUUAUAGUUACACUGUAUGGAUUAACGUGUUAACUCUUCCACAAAAUGGCGACAGACAAGGACAUUAAGUCGUCUGUUGUUGCUAGUUCAGAGGAGAUUUUAGAUAUCAAUUGCGUACCGUGUUCGGAAUCUGGAAAACUACUGGAAGCAGUUAAGUUUUGUGUGGAGUGUGGGUCGUAUUUCUGUUCUAAAUGUCUCGAGUAUCACAACAAAUUUCCAUCACUAAGAUCACACCAGAUAUUAGACAAAUCAGAUAAAAUUAGAUUAGAUUAAAACAGGACACGGACUACCAACAGAAAGGUGUGCAGUUCAUCAUGGCAAGUUAGUGGACAUGUUUUGUAAAGAUCAUGACGAAGUUUGCUGUGCAGCAUGUAUAGCUAUAAAACACAGGUCAUGUAUCAAUGUUGAUUAUCUACCCGACGUUGCUAAGGGUAUAAACCACAGUGAUGAGUAUGAAAAAACUAAAUCAUCACUCGAGAAUGUUCUCAUCGAAUUAAGAGGUGUGAUAGAAGCUAAAACAGAUAAUCUCAAAAUACUUCAGAAUGAUAAGGAGCAGUUAUUUGAAGAGAUAGAAAAUUUGAAAGCGGAAAUUCUAAUGAAGGUUGAAGAGCUUGUAGAAACCUCAAAACAACAAGUAUCAUUGAAGUAUCGAGAAGUAAAGAAACAUAUCCAGUCAGAUCUAGACACUUUAAACACUAUUUUAACAACGACAACAACAGAUCUCCAGAAACUGUCAGAAAAAAAUGAAUCCCAGUUGUUUGUAAAUCUCAAAGCAAGUAAAGUUUCUAUCAGGGUUUGUGAAAAAAAAAUGAGUGAAUUAUUAACAGGUAAAGUAAAUGAAAAGUUGGGAUUGGUGGAGAAUAACAGUCUGAAAGAGAAACUAAAUGACAUUGAGAGUCUGGUCUCUGAUGUUGUCAUUAGUGUUAAGGAAUACAAAGCAACACUUUCUGGAAAAUACAAGAUCGAUCCGGAACAUUGUCAGGUAACUGGUAUAUGUGCUAUGGAUGAUGGUUCAUUUGUCAUUGCCGAUUACACACAUUCAAAACUAAAGCGACUAAACAACAAAUUUACAAUAACAAAUUUUGUUACAGUUGGUGGAAGUCCAUACUCAGUAUGCAGAGUAGGACAAAACGAGGUUGCAACGUACAUACGUGUUAAGGGUCAGAUACAGCUUGUUUCGCUUGGAAAAGCUAUGCAGUUGACAUCGACAAUAAAUGUCUGCAACUUGCAGCAUUUUCCUGUUGGUGUUUGUUAUGAUACACCGCUUGAUGCUAUCAUGUUAUGUGACACUGAUAAAAUAUCAGUAUAUAGCAAGUCCGGUAACUUAAUAAAAACACUUGAGAAGAAUAAAAAUGGUGACCAGCUAUUUACAGAAGCAAGACAAGUAGCAAUGAACACAAAUAAUCAGCUCAUGGUUGUUUCAAAUGGCAACGGAAAUAAUGUGAAGGCAUUGACAAGAGAUGGUGAAAUAGUUUGGACAUUUAGUGAUCCAGCAUUGCAGAGACCAUGGGGAGUCUGUAUCCUGCCAGGAGACAUAAUCUUAGUCAGUGGACUUACCUCAAACAAUGUACUGCAGGUUAACAAGAAAGGUGAAAAGAUCAGUGAACUGUUGGGAGCUUCUGAACAACUUAAGGAUCCAUUUGCAUUGGCUUUUGACAAAAAGAGUUCUCGGCUGUUAGUAGGGUGCAGUUCAAACGAAUUACGUGUCUACAUGUUGUCUAAGACAUAAAUUAUACGAUAACCUGAAACACCAUUGACUGGGCGUGACACUAUCUAACUAGGUUAUCAAGAUGUAUAAGAUGUUUAUUCAUUCAUAGUGUUUUUUGUUUUCGUUUCGUAAAAACACUAAAUUUAAAAUAGAAUUCUAGACCAUAAAUUAAACAGAAUUUUUGUGACAAAUGACAUGUGUGUAUUUUUGUAUUUAUUAAUGUAAAUAUGUACAUUUUGUAUGUGCUUAACCUAUGUUUAAACCAUGACCUAUAUUUACUAUGUUUAAAUUAUUGUAUAACGUGUAAUGAAUGUGACUGUAUAUACACUAUAUUUUUUUCUAUUAUGUCUUAAAUCUAUGAAAAUGGACAAUAAAGUGUAAGAAUACUUUUUGUCUGUGGUAUUGUUAAUUGUUAAAUAUCUCUGUUUGAAUAGAACUUAGUGUCAUAUUUUUAUCUAUUCUCUGCUGAAAUUUAAGACAUUGAAGUUCGAAAAAAUGGAUGGACACAACACACUUCGUUUAUUUCCGAUAUAAAUGUGAUUUUUGUUUAAAACAUUUAUCUGAUCAUACAAAAUAUUGAUAUAUCAAUUAAUACAUUAAAUAAUCAAUAACAAAUAUUGAAAUAUUAUACGUAUUUAUAUAACGGUAUUUAAUAUAUUGCAUGGAAAAAUAUCUACACUGUCCUAAAAUCAGAACAUGGGACGCAAAUUAAUAUACAUGUAUAUAAUUUAAAACAAGGUUCGUUUGACGUGAUGACUUAUAUGGUAUUCAGCCAAAAUGAUCGCAUUUUGUUUAUAAUUUUACUUUAAGAUAUUCUGUGCUCAUCCUUGAGUAAUAUAUUUUUAACACAGAAAAUUGUGAAAAUCUAUGAAAUACUUACAGAAUAUGUCUUAUUUGAAUAAAAGCAUAUAUAAACUAUGUAUGGGAAGUUGCCUUCCCUAUUCCAUGUCAAUUAAAGUUGGUAAUUUUCUUAAAAAAACUGCCAUUUUUUAUGACACUAUAUAUUCAUAUUGUGAUCACCUAUAGUAUGCAGAGAUUGAAACAUAACAUAUCUACUUUGUGUGAAGUCAAAACAUGUUUAUUUUACAUGUAAAAAGAUACUGUGAAGCAAUUAUCAAUAUGUUAUAAUAUCAAAUUUUAGCUUAGUAUAUCUUUAAUCAUUACAACUUAUGUGAUAAUGAAUAUUUUAAAAAGUUAGUCACACUAUUUUUAAUGAUUGUAUAGUCUUUGAUUAUCAAUAUAAAACUUUUGAUCAUUACAUGUAAACAAAGAACAUCAAAUUAUAGCUGCAAAUUUGAAAAUUGAUUCCUAACCAUUUCUUUCAUGUGACACUAACAUGCGUUUUUCGCACAACUGAAGAUGACAAUACAGUCAAAGCACAGUUCACAAUAUAAAUAUUUUAAAUAUUACUGGAGUUAUCUCAAGUUCUCAACAUUAUAAAACAGGUCCGGAAAAGUAAUUGUUUUUUCUUUUUGUACAGCUUAUAAUAAUCAUGCUGUUAUCACAAAGACAGUCAACUACAAAUAAUUGUAAAAAGGUUAUUAUUAUUGUUGUUAUUUUGCUUAAUUUUCUGUUUUGUUUUUCGUUUGUUUCUUUUAUUUAUUACAUUGUGUACUAAAAAUGUUUGAUGUUGGCGACAAAUCCGAAAAAAUCAUAAACAGAAUUAUGACUUGAUUUUGAUCGUGUAAUAGCUUGUUAUAUGUUAGAUUCAUGUAUAUCUUUCUGUAUAUGUUUUCUAUAUAGUUUUUUCAUAAAUCAUGUUGCUUUUGUUCUGCAAUUCUAUUCAUUAACUUUUUGCAAAAGUAAUAUGCUUUGAUAAAAAUACAUUGUACUUGUAAAUACAUUGAUUUAUUAUAUACGUAUAAAAGAAAUAUUGAAAAAUAUUGAUGAAAUAAAAUGUGUAUAUUCAUUUUCCAUAUUUUCACUGUAAAUAUUUAUUUUUCACUGCAGUGAAACAUAUUUUUCAUAUUUUCACUGCAGUGAAACAUAUUUUUCAUAUUUUCACUGGUGUCUUGCCGUAAUACUUUCUUCUAAGUUCAGCCAAUAUACAAAAUUUAAGUGGAAAUCUUUCAAAUUGUCGCCGCCACUCAUGUAAUCUUUAUUUUAAUACCACUCGGUGAAAGUAAAAAAAACUUGUAUAUCCUCUAUUUAUUCAUUAAAUAAACGAUCUUAAUUAUCA